AUGGACGACUUCGAUCCUUUCCAGCAGAACUUCUCCAUCAAGAAGACCAACAACGAAACCUUGGUCCUUGGACUGUCACAAGUUAACGCAAUAUAUCAGGACUUCAUCAGCACAAGCGCCAACUAUGGCUCUCAGAUCGGAGCAAGCUUCAUGCUGCUAUUGACCAUUAUUGUCAUGAUGCCCCCCUUCAAGCUCAUCAAAGUCUCCUUGUGGCUCCAGAUCACCGGCCUCAUACUCAACAUUGUCCGCAUGACACUGCUGGCGGUUCACUUCACGUCCAACUGGUCCAACAUCUACUGUCUCUUGGCAGCCGACUACUCCCACAUAUCGCUGGCAGACCACUACCGCAGUGCUGCGACGGAAGCCAUUUCGCUACUUCUGCAUAUCCAUGUUCAGGUGUCGCUCGGCAUCCAGGCAUGGGCUCUCGUUAACCUGCUGCCGGGCCUCUGGAAGUGGGGUUUUACCGGGUUUUCCUGCUUCGUUUCAGCAGCAGCCAUCACCCUGCGAGUUUGGUGUAGCAUCGUUAACAUAAAGGCUAUUAUGUCGAUGUCGGUAGCCGGUUCGCUUUGGAUCUCCCAGAGCAGCGGCAUUGUCGGAGCAGUCUCCAUUACCUACUACUGCGCCUUGUUCAACAUCAAGCUCCUGACACACCUUGUUAAAAAUCGCGGCAUCCUUCCCUCGAGACAGGGGAUGAGUGCCAUGGAAGUACUGAUCAUCACCAAUGGCCUUUUGAUGAUCAUACCUGUCCUCGUCUUCCUUCCACUAGGAUCCUUGAUCGCCUCUCGUGUCUCGUCCGGCACACCACGGCGAAGUUGUCGCGCAACUAAUUCCAGUGCGCUUCUCAAAGUAGGCUUGAACAGCGGGCCGAGUACCCGCAUACAUGGAAGCACCCAAGGUGCCGUCACCUCGCACAUUGAGUCUGUCCGUGUGCGUCCUCACCCUCAAGCUGAUGCGAUUGGUGCCGAGUCGCAGCGCAUCAUCGACAAUGACCCGGAGGAGGGUUUCAUUCGAGUGAACCGAGAGAUUGCACUCUAUGAAGACAGAAUUUGA